AUGUCCUUUUUUGAUUCUACUCCUAUAGGCAGGAUUCUUAGCCGGGGUAAGAAAAGCCUGAAACAAAUGACCGAUAUGGUAAUUACAGUUCUGUUUCACAUUCAUUUUCUAAUGAUGGAUUAUCCCCUGCAGGUCUCUUCAGAUUUGAGUAUCAUUGAUCUUGAUGUUCCAUUUGCCUUCAUGUUUACCUUUAGUGCCAGCUUAACUACAUAUAGCAAUCUGGUAGUGUUGGCUGUUGUCACAUGGCAAGUUCUGUUUGUAUCGUCGCCGAUGAUAGUUUUGGCAAUUCGGUUGCAGAUGUUUUCUCACAAUUCUGAUUGA